AUGUACCAGGAGCCCCCUUAUACCCAAAUAGACUGGCAUGCCGAGGCCGAAGGUCUUCAUGAAGCACUUGAACGCAUUGGUCAGGAAAGAGACCAGGCACUGCGCCAAAGAGAUGCAGAGGCCUCUAGAGCAGACGGGUUGCAGCAGUGCCUGAGUGCAAUGACACAAGCACUGGCCUCAGGUAAUGUCUCGCCCGCUGUCCCUCCCACGGAGGCUCCAGCUGGUGGUGCAUCUGCAUCCGCACCUGCCCCACAAUCUCAACAGCUUCCUCCGCUGCCCGAGUUAUCCGAAGGCAUGGACUCAAUCUCCUUGCUCGAUUACGCCAACCCAUUUACGCGCCUUACCUUUGAUGACUACAAAGCGGUGGAGGACUCGUGGACCAAGGCCAGUUGGGAGAAAGCCGAGAGCGUGCACAGGGAGAAAGCCGCGCUGCUUCACGACCCCAAGAUGAACAAGCAGGGCCGUGCACGACAGCUAAGUGGCAUCAACGUCAAUGAGUUAUUCCUGAUGAACAAGAUGGGAGAGCCGAUCAAUGGGUUACAGCAGAAGGAGACUCACGAGGCAAUCCAGGGCAUCUUUGAGCUCUUGCUCGGUGAGGUAAAGACAGAGGGCUGUUGGAAUUCAGUGGACGAGGAGUGGGAGAAAACGCUAGCAAACGCGUAG